AUGGAAGAUGAACUGCGUAACGACGUGUCAACCCGACAGCAAUCCAUAACGGUGCAGGACCUACGAGACAAUCGUUUAGCGGAGGGCUCCAAGAAGGGCUACCUCAGUGGUGUACGGCAAGUUGUCCCCUGGCUUCGUGAGUCCGGUCGUUCCGGCACUAAAAACCCAGAUGGGUCCAUCAACCUCGACAUUUUAGCUACCGAUCAGCCAUCAAGGACUACUACAGCAGGCAAAAUGUGGCCCUUCCGGCUGGUUUCGUCACUGAUGCCACUGCAAUCUAUCAAGACCCAAACGGGGACCAUAAAGCCGGGUGGAAAACAGCCACUCAGGUACCACCAGUACCAAGAACUGUGUCGUGCAAGUCUUACCAAGCUAGGCGCUGGGUUCACGCAUUUGUUCCUCACCUUGUCUUGGAACUUGAUGUGUCGAUCACGAUCGACGGAGAACGUUCGCGUCGACCACCUCUCCGAUGAAGGGGACUCCAUCGACAACGUCGCGUCAGCGCCAUACCCUUCUGGCGAUUAUUGCUUCGAACGAUUGCCUGCUGUGGUUAUUACCAGUAAUCGAAUCCGGGUGCACCACGACGAAGCACUGUGCAUUUUACUGGGACGGUUGGCCUUUCCAGUCCGGUUCCACACAAUGUCGAGGACCUUUGGCCGUUCGCGUUCGUCAUUGUGUGAAAUUUUCCUGCACGUGGUCAACUACCUAUACGAGCGUUGGGGGUCGUUGCUGUUCUUCAAAAAACAAAAAAAUAUCAACCGGUACUGUGCUGCUGUUGCGUCCAAGGGUGCCCCACUGUCCAACGUUUUUGGAUUCAUCGACGGCACCUAA